GGCGGGGGAUUCUAAAAUAGUUUAGGCGGCAACCAAUAUUCCCUCUUGUGUUUUCGUCAAAUUUCAAACUCAAGUGUAUAUAUUAUUAAUCGUUUGCUUGCAAUUAGUAGGGUUCCGUUCAAUUCCAUAAUUUCAUUAUUUUGAUAGAAGAGAGGAGGGGAGAGAAAUGGGAGGAGGGUCAAUGAAAUCGAACCCAACCAAGGCAAGGAAGAGAGUGGAGGCCACUGAGACCCGGGAGAACUCCUUGUCAACCGUACCACCUUCUCUCGUUCGCGGCAAAGAUGGCAGUGCCUUUGCCCGAUGCGAGGAGUGCAACAAGGACGUGCCAGUGGCACUCAUCAGCAUGCACAGUUGUAGCCUCGAUGCCAAAAUCAAGCUCAACCUCAAGGCUCAAGUUGUGGAAAAGCCCCCUGAAGUGAAAAAGAAGCUUCCCGCUGACAGAAAGAGGUCCACCACCACGACAUCACAACCAAAGACAUCAAAGAGAGCCAAGAAGGACAAAGAUCCAAAUGCACCCAAGCGCCCUCUCACCGCCUUCUUCCUCUUCAUGGAUGAUUUUAGGAAAUCCUACAAGGAAGCUAAUCCUGAUUCCAAAGGCGUUAAGAUGGUUGCAAAGGAGGGUGGUGAGAAGUGGAAGUCUAUGACUGAUGAGGAGAAGAAGCCCUACGUGGAUAAAGCUGCUGAGCUUAAAGAAGAGUACAAAAUAGCACUGGAGAGUGACAUUGCAGAAGCUAGGGAUGGUGAAACACCGGAAGGGGUUUUGGAGAAAGAAGCUUCAGAGAAGGAAGGGGAGGAAGAAAUAACUGAUGUUGAUGAGUAGUACUAGCAAAUUAGUAUUAGUAUAGCUUGACAAAUCUUUUCAUAUAAAGUUUCAUGUUCCACCCUCUUUGGAGGGAUUGAGUCUAAUGCAUGUUUCUGGAUUCUUGUAAAUUCUGAGGCUCUUUGUUUCUAAGCAAACUAUGGCUUUUCGGAAACUGGUUAUAAUAUAUAUCUUCUUGAAUGA